AUGAAGAGCAUCCAAAAGGUAAUUAUCAUUGGUGGGGGUCCGGCGGGAGUGGCCGCAGCCUUGCAUCUAAAACAGAAGAAUCAAAUCUCGUGUGCUGUCUACGAGGUUCGCAGCGAGCCAACCACACUCGGAGGAGCUAUAGGCAUUCCAUCCAAUGGCCUAAGGCUACUGCAGCGUAUGGGACUCAGUGAUUCGAUGAUGGCCAAAGGGUCGGAGACAUCGAUGCUCAAUUUUCAUUCUCUCAAAGGCGACAAUAUGGGCCAUUUGGACAUGGCAUCCUGGAGCAGGCAGCAGACUGGGUUUGGGUACUUGAGGAUUCGUAGAACAGACUUGAUGGAUGUGUUCCUCGGUGCCGCCAACAAAGCAGAAAUACCCGUCUAUUUCAACAAGCGUCUCACCAAAAUAGAAGAAAAGAACGAUCAAGUCACCGUGUUCUUCUCGGAUGGCACAAGCGACACCGGAGACUUCCUCCUAGGCUGUGAUGGCAUUCACUCCGCCGUACGCAAGCUAUAUGUGGACCCUGACUGUACGCCACAGUACUCCGGAAUCUCAAACGUCUUCUCUCUGGUUCCAACAUCUAAACUUCCCCCUGCUGCUUCGUCGCUGGACGCCCUUCACGCGACGUUGACAUCGGACGGGAUGUUCGGGAUCAGUCCUACUACAACUGCUCGUGAUAUGGUUUAUUGGUUCUUCUCGCGCGAGAUUGCCAUCCCUACAACGGGGGAUACUCGCGAUGGAUGGGAGCAGCGCGGAAAGGAUGAGGUUGACAACAUGAAGUCAACAUUCCUCGACCUUUUGGGAGACGCCAAUUCAGAGUGGGUCAACUCCUUGAAAGAGGUCGUGCGCAAGACAGACGUGAUGAAGUUCUACCCUAUCUUCAAGAUCCCCACAGGCAGGCCAUGGUCUAAGGGGCGAUGCCUUAUCAUUGGUGACGCCGCGCAUGCGAUGCCUCCUCAUGCCAGCCAAGGCGUUUCUAUGGCACUGGAAGACGUCUUUUUGUUCUCGAAGGUUCUCACCCAGGACUACAAAGACCUCGGAGAAAUUCUCCAAGCAUAUGAGUAUAAACGAAAGACCAGAACAGAACAGAUGCUCAAGACCGCAGAGCGAAAUGGCGACAUCCGCAAAAAGAAGACCUCUUUGCGUCUCCGGGUCAAUGAGCUCGCUAUUUCAUCAGGGCUGUGGGUGUUUGAAAAGGUUGGCCUGGAUAAAUUUGGAAUAGGCCAAGGACCUCUGGCCUAUGAUAUUGAGGAAGAGCAAUUUUGA